AUGGUCGACAAUCAUCACGGAGACAACGACGACGACGAUGCACAGCCACUGCCGUCCAGCGUCGCCAACUCGCUCCUAUUCGCAUUACCUCGUGAAAUUCGCGAGAAAAUCUACUCCUUGUGCCUACACGCUCGCGACGCUCUGCCCGUCGAGUGGCCGCGCCCCGACACACUUCGGCGACACAAUCCGUAUCACAUCCAACCGCAACUCCUGCGGACCUGUCGCAUCGUGCACUCCGAGUCUGCACCGCUCCUCUACGCCCUCAACAACCUCACCUUUCACCAUCCCAGCGACAGUAAUGUCUUUGUGCGUGCCCUCUGCGAUACCGCCUUUGGCCGCCGCAUCACCGGUCUCUCGUUGCAUGUCAAAGCCGGCGAUAUACGCAUGUGGAUGACCUAUUUGACAUCGACCGACCCCCAUCGAUCUCUGCGGUACGAUUUCCCCAACCUCCGAGAUCUGGGACUGCGCUAUAGAAGUUCUCGCUGGAACGCAGGAAACUCCGCCGAACACAAUCUCAAAAGCUGGAUAGACGAUAGUCGUCUCGAUGAACUCAUUGAUGGUGUACGAGGUGUCUAUCGUCCGUAUUGGUGUACACCACAAGAAGAGAAAUCGCGAGCAGCAGAAGAGCAGGGUCUCAGUGGAUUCGAUCAUGACAACGAUUUACCUGAGCCGGAAUUUUUGACGAGAGACGAGACUGUCAGAGCGAGGGAUCGCUACUUUGAGCUACGCCAUGCACGUCUCGAACGGGCCCUACAAAAGGACAGUGCGCCUUUGAUUCGGAUCUGCUGUGCGUGCAGAGUCCAUCCCUCCCACUUCAACGCCUUGACAGAUCCGAGUGUGGCUUUUCAUCUGCAAGAUCAGAACCUCCGUGCUGGGGUCUUGCCUGACGCGCCACACCACUUGCCAGCAGAAAGAGUGAUGGAGGGUUCGCCUUUCCCUGCCAAUGGCUUCACGUCUACAGACCUGCAACGCGAUGUUAAGAAACUGUAUGAUCCGGAAUUAGGAAGCGCGAACGUGAGUAGGACACCAUAUGUUUGGAGAAAGGGGGUCUUGUUAGCUUUGGAGAUUCAUAGUGUAGAUUCGAGGAGGGAUCAGUUGUAG